GACACCACAUUCAGGAAGUGUUGUAAUUCUCCUUUAAGAAAGCAAACCCUUCCUAAAAUGACACCACAUUCAGGAAGUGUUGUAAUUCUCCUUUAAGAAAGCAAACCCUUCCUAAAAUGACACCACAUUCAGGAAGUGUUAUUAUUUCUUUGGUGGGAAAACAAUGGUGCAAAACGAAAUAAAUAUAAACACCCAGUUGUAUCUAUUUGUCCAUGUUUCAUGAUGUUAGUCUGUACAUCCAACUCAUUCGUUUUCACCCUGUUACUCCUCAAUUAUAGAGAAAAUUAACCAAAUGUUUGAUAGAGAAGUUAAAAUCCUGUUCAAGUGUUCACCAUUAUGCUAGCUCAAUCUUGCUUACUCACAGUGCUAUGGCUAAUUUGGGCUCCAAAUUUCCAGCCUGUUAGGAUUAUGCACCUAAUAAGUAAAAAGGAACCAUAUUGCAGGAAUGAUCCGAUUUAUUGAUUUUAACAGAUAAAGCAACGAUCAUGUUGAAUGAUUUUUGGGUAGUCAGUAUGAUUUUAUCCAUAUCAAUUUUGAGAUAUUUAUUUUCAUCCUGUUUGUGGCAAAACACCUUUUUGGAUGCAGUUCGUCAUCAAACCCGAAGAAGAAGCUUUUAAUCAUGGUUAUCGCUAUCGAUACUCGACUACUCUGGUUUGUGUGUGAUGAAGUUGGAAGUAACAUUAGACUAGGAAGAGUUAGCUAUCUAGAUAAGUCUUCAAGCAUAGCUGGAUAUUCUACUUUACUUUCAAACUACAACUGAAAACUGACAUUAGAACUACGUUGUCAAAGGAACAUCAAACGAAAGUCAGGAGAUAUAACGUUACUUCUUUCCCACGUGGACAGAAACGUGCUAAUGUUACUGUAGCCUUUCUACUGUAUCAGGUCAUCUAACUGGACUAUAUCUGUCUUGACAUUGACCUCAUUGCUGUUGUUGCCACGUGAGCAGGACAAUAUGAGUGGAGAGAGGGAAACGUUGAUGGAUAAAAUGGAACAGAGUUUAUACACUUUAACCAAGGACAAUUUACGCUGCCUGUGUGAACGCAGUGGAAUAGGUGGCAAGGAUGGCUCCGAUGGUCAAGGAAAGAAUCACCAUCACUCAUUGUGCCGUAAAAUCCUGGAGGAACUUGGGAAAAAUGCAGAUUCAAUGGAAUCGGAGGAGCAGGGAAUGUCUUGGUUACUCCAACUGAAAGAGGACAUCAGAAAGAUACAGGAGGAUGGUAUCGGUGGACCUUUGAGUCCCAGCCAAUCCAUUGAUGAUGAUGCUGUAGACUGUGAUGAAGAUGAGAACCAGAAGGACAUGGAUUGGUUACCUAGCAAAAGGCUGGAGGCGGAGCGCAUGAGUCCCAGCCAGUCCUUUGAUGACAAUGCUGCAGACUGCGAUGAAGAAUGGAAUGAGGAGGACAGGGAUUUGUUGCCUAGCAAAGGGCUGGAGGUGGAGCCAGCUCCAGAGAGACACACACCAGAGCAGAGGGAGAAGAGAGUGAGUGGGGCCCCCUCUCUGUCCUCUCCUGGUAGCGCCUUACUGCUGGGUCUGAAGAGGGUGUCUGUGUGGCUGGUCGACUGCAGGAAAACACCAGGGUUGAGAGGAACUGCUGGAGGAGGAGACGAGGAGGAGGAAGGAGACGUGAUUCAUCAAAGAGAGAGACGUGGCAACCAUGGAUCUUCUGGGGAGCCUCAACAACAACCUCAUGCCGACAACACAGACUGGAGUCUCCCCACAUCAAAACACCUCAAUAAACAACCGCAGAGACAUGCAGGGAAGAAACCUCACCACUGCUAUGACUGCGGAAAGACUUUCAGUGUUUUAUCAGGCUUGAAAAUCCAUCAAUGCACCCACACCGAAAAUAAACCAUUCCAAUGCUCCAAGUGUGGGAAAGGUUUUGCAAAGAACCACUAUCGAAAAAUACAUGAGAAAACGGUACAUGAGCCUCCCACAGAAAGGUCUUACCACUGCUCUGACUGCGGGAAGAGCUACAGUUUUUUAUCAACCUUCAAAAACCAUCAAAGGAUACACACCGGAGAAAAACCAUUUCAAUGCUCCAAGUGCAAGAAAAGUUUUGCUCAGAAAUCCACUUUAAAAGCACACUCACAAACACACAUGCCUGCCGCAGAAAGGCCUUACCAAUGCUCCUACUGCGAGAAGAAGUUUUGUAUUUUAGCAUCCUUUAAUUUCCAUAUGAGAAUGCAUACUGAAGAAAAACCAUUCCAAUGUUCCGUCUGCGGAAUGCGGUUCAUUCAAGCCUGCUUACUGAAAUCACACAAGUUUAAACACAAGCCCACUGAAGAAAAGCCCUUCAGCUGCUCAGAAUGUGGGGCGGGUUUUGCCACUAAAGGUAGUCUCAAAUUUCACCAGCUGAUGCACAACCCGAGAGAGAGACCUUACCGCUGUUCUGAGUGUGGUCAUUGUUUCUCUCAUCCAAUAUAUCUGAAGAAACACCAGAAAAGGCACAGUAAAGACAAGUCCAUUGUCUGUGAGCUAUGCGGGAAGACCUUCAACCAUCCAAGCAACUUCAGAACUCACAUGAAGAUACACCAAGGAGUGAAACCGUACCACUGCUCCGACUGUGGCAGGAGCUUCAUAUUCCGCCAAGGUUUAACAACACACCAGCGUGUGCACACUGGAGAGCUGCCUUACGUCUGCGAUCAAUGUGGGAGGAGGUUUUCUCAGUCCAAUUCUUUGGUAACUCACCAGCGAACACACACCGGGGAGAAACCUUACCCAUGCUUUGUCUGUGGGAAGAGCUUCAGUCGGUCACAAAACCUGGCUGCACACAAGAGAACUCAUACUGGAGAGAAGCCUCACGCCUGUGAUCAGUGUGGGAAGAGGUUUUCCCGAACCGACGCACUGGCUGUACACAAGCGCACUCACACUGGAGAGAAGCCUUACAGCUGUGAUAUAUGCAGGGAGACAUUCACCUAUUUAGUAGCCAUGUUGAAACAUAAGAAAGGACAUGGACAUCCUGCAGGUGAUGUACUCUGUGCUGAAUGGCCUCAGGAUGAUUCCAGCUCUGUCUAUGAAUAGAGAAGUACUUGUUUAACUUGCAGAAGACAUCAAUUUGUUGUUAUACUUACAAUCUAACCCCCAGAGAGAGAGAGAGAGAGACAAACACUCACACACUUGCAGAAAAACACAGAGGGCGGCAGGUAGCCUAGCGGUUAAGAGCGUUCGACCAGUAACCGAAAGAUCGCUCAUUCGAAUCCCUGAGUCUGCAAAUGGUAGAAGAAAAUCUGCUGUCCUGCCCUUGAGCCAGCCAGUUAGCCCCCAACAACAACUGCUCCCUGGGCACACAUGAAGUGGAUUAAGGCAGCCCGCCGCACCUCUGUGAUUCAGAGGGGUUAAAUGCAGAAGGUUGAAGGCAUUUAGUUGUGCAACUGGCUAGUUAUCCCUAAUUUCCUUUCCACCCAGAGGAGUUGGGAGCACAGAAUGGUUUUUGAGAGUGGUUACUAUGAUUUUUGAGAGUGGUUACUGUGGUUUUUGAAAGCAACGAUUGUGGCUUUAAAUAGUCUGAAAUCAUAGUGUUGUAUGCAUACACACCUGACAGGUGUAGGAUCAGGUUCCUCUCCCCCAAAUCCUAUAUUUUAGCAUUAGUGGGGAAAAUGCUAAAUUGACACAAGAUCAGCAUCUAGGAGCAACUUCACCCUACACUUGCCCCUUCCCUGGGGGCUGUUCCAGAUAGCAGAUUCACUGAGGUACUGUCCUAAAUAUUCUCAACUAUCAUCAUUUUUUUGACAUAUAGACUUGGAAUUCAUAAUUUUUUUGACAAAUAUAGACUUGGAAUUGGCAUAGUAGUAGUAGUAGUACAUAUACAGGAAGGAGUGGCUUCCGUCUGGCUACUCUACCAUAAAGGAGUGCUGCAGAGAUGGUUGUCCUUCUGGAAGGUUCUCCCAUUGCCACAGAGGAACUCUGGAGCUCUGUUAACGUGACCAUCAGGUUCUUGGUCACUUCCGAGACCAAGGCCCUUCUGCCCAGACCUCAGUUUGUUCGGGCGGCCAGAUCUAGGAAGUGCCUUGGUGGUUCCAAACUUCUUCCAUUUAAGAAUGAUGGAGGCCACUGUGUUCUUGGGGAUCUUAAAAUGCUGCAGACAUUUUUUGGUACCCUUCCCCAGAUCUGUGCCUCCACACAAUCCUGUCUCGGAGCUCUCGGACAAUUCCUUCGACCUCAUGGCUUGGUUUUUGCUCUGACAUACACUGUCAACUGUGGGACCUUAAAUAGGUAGGCGUGUGCCUUUCCAAAUCAUGUCCAAUCAAUUGAUUUUACCACAGGUGGACUCCAAUCAAAUUGUAGAAACAUUUCAAGGAUGAUCAAUGGAAACAGGAUGCACCUGAGCUCAAUUUUGAGUCCCAUAGCAGUGGGUCUGAAUACUUAUGUAAAUAAGGCACAUCUUUUUUUUAAAUAAAUUUGCAAAGAUUUGUAAAACAUGUUUUUGCUUUGUCAUUACGGGGUAGGUUGGGGUAGGUUGAUGAAGAAAAUAUUUGAUUUAAUCAUUUUAGAAUAAGGCUGUGAUGUGAAAAAAUCAAGGGGUCUGAAUACUUUCUGAAUGCACUGUACAUUCACACACAAUUAAACAAU